AUGGAUGUCGGACUUUGGUUACUAGAGGCUGAAGGAAGUGUGGAAGACGCUUCUGAAGUCGGAUCCACCAUAGCUGGGGCUAAAAUACGGUAAAAAAGGUUGAAUAAAGUCAAAUACAAUAUGAUAUGAUAUAUCACGGCUUUAAUUCGGUACGCCGUCCCGUCGGAUGUCAGUUUAAUUCUUUAUUUCUCAGCGCCCUUCGCAACAGACAGUUGAAAAAGGGAGACGGCCCACGGAAAACCAAACUUGUAUUACAAUUAGACUUUUAAGGACCGAAAAACGUCGCCGCAACUUCCCAAUGACUCAACGAUCACCCCGAAAAAACGUGCAGCACCUCUCCACUCAACCCGUCCGUCCCUCGAGUUGUGUUCCUGAAGCUGUUUAUUGAGCCUUAUCACCUCUCCCGUCUUAUUCAUCACCACCACACCCAUCUCAGCCAACAAGAAGACAUCCAUCUCUCGGCUUGGUUCAAUCAAAUAUUUCCUUGGUAACCAAAAUUAUUUUGUGACUCCCUUAAUCGGCACUUAAUGUGUACAAAGAGGAUGAUGACUUGAAUGUAAAUCCUUUUCCAGGGGAUAUAACCAAUUCGGUGCAUACGGAGACUUGCUCGUGGUUUGGAAUUUGGAGGGAAACACAGGAUGA